CAAAUUUCGCCUAAUAAUUAUCAGUUACUUAUUAGUAGCUUGUCUUAGAAGAUGGCGACUUCUGGCCCGUUCGCUCCCAGUCAAAUCGAGGAUGUUUUAAAAUCCGCUUUCCCCAUUUUCGCGGAAAGUGAGUUGAUCUACAGCGUCGCAGACUGGCAGCAGACCAACUACCUACUGGACGUUCAAAGUGCGGGCUUCAAGCGACAGUUUGUGUUAGUAAAAGUGCCCGCGGAUGCUGUGGUGCGCCAGCAAACAAACCCAGCUUUACUAAGCGCGAUUUUCACCCUCCCAAACAACCCCAACGAGGUCUUUCUAGCCUUUGAUGCAAAUUCCAUGCGCGAUCUUCAGCCAGCAGCUCGCAACAACCUCAACCAUUUGAGGGCUCUUUUGGAAACCUUAGCUGAAGUUCAAGUGGCCGAUUUGAUCCAGCCUGAUGGAGCUGCGAGUUACCCAAUUGGCGAACCUCUAUGUGACGAGCCAGCGUUUGCAAAGCUUGACCAAGAAAAAAUUGAGACAGUCCUGCAAGAGCUGCAGGAAAAUGUGGAUGGUUUGUUGAAAACUGAGCAACUGGUUCGGAGUGUUUGGAGCCCAGGGGCUUCUAACGCCUAUGUGCUAGGAGAGAGGGGUUUUUUCCUCGAUGUGUCUCCUAGCAAGUCUCUUCCACCGAUGUUUGAUGCCCUGAUGUACAUUUUCUCGCUAAGCGAUGCCCGUUUCAGGCAAGAGCACUUUGAGGCCCUUCUGAGGCACUACUGCAACACCCUAAACCACCUCAGAGAGAAUCAGCGCCCUAAACCGCUCCGCUACCAGGAGGAGCAGCUGAAGAUUCUGCUCCCGCUAGUGAAGAUCCAGCAGCUGAGCACCAUGGACCGAUCCCAGAACAGGGAUUUAGUCGAAGAACUAGCGCAGAAUGUCUCCAAUUACUUCGCCUGCCCAAUAAUCAAUCAAGAGGAUGUUAACGAAGUGGUGAAGAACUAUCUGGAGUCCACUGACUACACGCUUGAAGGAUACAAUCUUGUGCCUCUCGAUGAAACCAAUGGCCAUCUGGGGGAAUAUUUCCAUCUGGAUAUCAGAGCUGCGCCAGGAGAUGGAGGAGAAGCCAAACCAAUCCAGCUGUUUGCGAAAUUCCUGAUUACCAACACAGAGCUAGCAAAGAGAGUCAUACAUGCCGGACCAGGAAAAAAGGAAGACUUCUUCUACACCACACUCUAUCCGGACUUUGUGGAGCACGGCCUGCAUGAUCUCCUGGACUACGCCCCUAAGUGCUACUUGAGCAGAAACUGUUCUUUGCUAGUCCUCGAUGACUUGAACGAACAGGGCUUCACCAGCUUAACCCCCAACAAUAUUUUGGACUACCAGUCUGUGAGGGUGGUGGUUUCAAAGCUGGCAAACUUUCACUGCUGUUCGAUUAUUUUGGAAGAGAUACUCUCAAAGACUGCAGGACGGCCAGUGAAACUUUCGGAAAUUUAUGGCGAGUUUCUCAAAGACGUUGUAUUUGACCCUAAUACUGGUGUCAUGAAAAAUAUGCUCUCCCAAAAUGUAAUCGCUCUCCAACAUAUGGCCGCCAAGUGUCCGGAUCUGACUAAAAAACUUGGGAUGGACGAUAGCGACCUCAACACUGCACUUGCUGAGGCUUUUUACCAGAUUUACACCUUGAAGACGCAUGAAGAGUUCCGAAAUGUGAUCAAUCACGGCGAUAUGUACAUUGCCAACUAUCUUCUGAAGAUGAAUCAGGCCAAGACGGCCGAGGACGUGAAAAUCAUCGACUUUCAAAUGUUGCGCUACAUUCCGCCUGCUGCGGAGUUGAUGUUCUGCAUUGUUUCCUCUACCAGCAAACAAGUGCGAGAUGAGCAUUUGCUCACGCUGAUCGAGGGGUAUUACGCAAAAGUUGCCAGAAAUCUGAAGGCCUUCGGCCUUCAGCCUGAGGAAGUGUUUCCGAAGGAGCAGUUUGAAAAGAGUCUGAAAAAUGCAAAGUUUGCCGCCACAAUGUUGGCCUUCUGCUACGGCAAUAUUACGCACAUCGAUCCAGACUUUCGGGUCGAAGUUAUGCACGAUAAUGAAAAGUCCAAAUAUUACAUAAAAGAUCACCGGGAUGAGCUGAUUGACAUGUUUUGGGACAACCAGCAUUACCAGGGUGUUAUGAAGGGGCUUAUUGCGGACAUUGUGGAUGCCAUUCAGGAGAAUAAAGCCUAGUUGUAGUUCCCUAAUAAAAACUGUAUUAGCUAAAUAAAUCACCAAUCU